AUGGAGAUGGACGAAAGCCGGCCGGACCCAAGGAAUCUGUUAAAGCAAAGUCAUCCCAGGAGAUGGGAAAUUUUCGAUGAAUGGGCGUCUAAUAGCUGUGGAGGAGGUGUAGGAAUAGUAUUCACCUCUCCUGCAGGUGAGCGGAUAGUGUUUUGUUUUCGUCUGAAAUACAAAGCCACGAAUAAUGAAACCGAGUAUGAGGCAGUAAUACAGCCUAUGAGAAUUGUAAGAGAAAUGGAACUGUACGAAGUACGAAUUACUAGUGACUCACAACUAGUAGUUCGUCAGAUUGAAGGAGUGUAUAAUACAGUCGAUCCAGUGAUGAAGAAGUAUCAUCAGCUCGUGCAAGACUAUUCGGCGAAAAUACGAAGUAUCAUAUGGAGAAACAUAAAUAGAGAUAACAAUCGACGUGCAGAUGCAUUAUCCUUCAUAGCUUCCAUGAUUAAGAAUCCGAAAAUAAGGCAUAUUGUGAUCCAGCAGCUGAUGCAGCCGUCAGUAAGCAGAGAAGAAAGAGAACUUCAGAUAAUGACGGUAGAAGGGAGGAACUCAGUAAUGAGCAAAGAGGAUUGGAGAACACCAAUCUACAACUACUUGAUGAAAGAAUACCUGCCACGAGAUAGACAAGAUGCAAACAAAAUCAAAAGCAAAUCCACGAAUUACGAGGUGCGAGAAGGGAUCCUUUAUAGGCGAUCAUUCUUGGGUCCGCUAAUGAGGUGUUAUUCGCAAGAGGAAGGGAUUGAAAUUAUGAAAUCAAUUCAUUAUGGGGACGCUGGAAACCAUAGCGGAACCAGAUCACUAGCUUACAAAACCCAAACACAUGGUUACUUUUGUCCCUACAUGCAUAAAGAUGCGAAAGACAUUUAUACGAGGUGUGAGGCGUGUCAAAGGUUCGGCAAAAGGAUACAUGCACCAUCCACGAGAUUGAACUCAGUAUUGAGUGUGUGGCCAUUCUCCAUGUGGGGAAUAGAUAAAGUGGGGCCCUUUGUCAUGGGGACGAAGCAAAGAAGGUACUUGAUUGUAGAAACAGACUACUUCACAAAGUGGGUGGAGGCCAAGGCUGUGCAGGAUACAAAAGACGGGGAUAUAUAUGAUUUUAUCCUUGAACACAUCAUUUGUAGAUUUGGUAUACCAGUCCUGAUUGUUUCGGAUAAUGGAAAGAAGUUCGAAGGGGAGAAUGUGAAGAUGUUGUUCAACGCUUUUAAGAUUCAAUCCAGGAAAUCUACUGCAUUAUAUCCCCAGAGUAAUGGGCAGGUAGAGGGUACAAAUAAAACGGUAUCCUCCACGCUAAAAAAGAAGCUUGAAGGACAUCACAAAGGAUGGUGCGAGCAGAUCCCGAACGUGUUGUGGUCAUAUAGAACCACAAGGCGAAAAGCAACAAGAGUAUCCCCUUUCUGUUUAACGUACGAAGCAUAG